AUGGAACCCAGUCUGGUAGCAGAGGCGCUCGCCGCCCACCCGGACGGCGGGCGCGUCACGGCGGCGGCGGUGGUCGGCUGCAUCUGCCUCGACCACCUCGCGUGCGCCGAGUGCGACCGCAUCCUCGGCAUCACAUUCCUCGCGAUCGACGCACGGCCCUCGUCCCCACGGCGCGCGUCGACGCCGGGAUCAGCCUCAGGCUCAGGCUCGCCGCCCGUCCCCAUGGCGCGCAUCGGCGUCGGGCUCAGGCUCGGGAUCGGGCCGCGCACAGGCGGAGAUGGGGCCCAGGCCGAGCAGUUCGACGCGUCCAUCUCCGGCAUGACGGAGCGGCUCGGUCUCGCGGCCGCCGUCGGGGAUCGGGCCGAGGAGGUGUUCCGGAAGAUGGAGGAGGCGAGGGCGUGGCCGCGCGGCCCGGGCUGCCGCUGGGGCAAGGGCCGGUCCCGCCGGGACAUAGGCAGGCUCUACGCGGCCUGCCUCUCCAUCGCGUGCCGCAACCAGGGCUCGCCGCGGUCGCUGAGGGAGCUGGCCAUGGCGGCGGCGGACGGCAGCGCGGCGGCGAGGAAGGAGAUCGCCAAGCUGAUCGCGCACAUCAGGAAGCGCCUGGGCGAGGAGGAGGCCGGGCAGGCGGCGGGCGUCGGCGUGGUCCCCGUCUCCGGCUGCCUGCGCCGCUUCGGGCCGCUGCUGCGGCUGGGGGACCGGGAGGCGGCGGCGCCGUUGGAGGCCGCGCGGAGGCUGGAGGAGGGCGCCCUCGACCUGCGGCACAACGCGGAUGCCGUCGCGGCGGCCGUCGUCUGCAUGGCCAUGGAGCGCGCCGGCGCCAGGAGGCACAUCAGGGACGUGGCGACGGCCACCGGCAUCUCCUAUUUCUGCGUCGACAUCGUGUGCAGGAAGCUGCGGCCCCACGCCGCGCUGCUCUUCGACUGA